GAUUGAAAAGCCCACAUUACACCACAAAAACACAUCAUCAUCAUCGUCUUCUCUUUACUCUUUUCAUCCUCACAUAUUAUCUUCAUUUAUCAAAUUUUCUUUUUUCUUUUAUCAAACCUGAAAUCUCCUCGAAUCUUGUCCAACCAUGAUGUCUUGCGGCGCUUCCAAUGUCUUGAUAUCCCCAAACGGCUGCGUUUUGGCAUCUCCUAAGCCUCUUGGCAGAUUCCUCAGCGCCAAGCCCGGCGUACGGAGACUUUUCGUAUCCGUCGUUAGAGCUUCUUCCGAUGAUCCUGAUUGUAAUGACGAGGAAUGUGCUCCCGACAAAGAGGUUGGGACAGUGAGUAUAGAAUGGUUGGCUGGAGAGAAGACGAAAGUGGUGGGAACGUUUCCACCUCGGAAGCGUGGUUGGACUGGCUAUGUUGAGAAAGAUACUGCCGGUCAGACUAAUGUUUACUCUAUUGAGCCUGCAGUAUAUGUUGCAGAGAGUGCCAUAAGCUCAGGUACUGCAGGAUCUUCGUCUGAUGGGGCUGAGAACACAGCAGCAAUCGUAGGAGGCCUUGCCCUUAUCGCAAUCGCUGCUGCGUCCUCUAUACUUCUCCAAGUCGGGAAAGAUGCCCCGGCUCGACCUAAACCAGUGGAUUACAGUGGACCCUCUCUUAGCUACUACAUCAACAAGUUCAAGCCUUCACAAGUUGUUCAAGCCUCUUCACCCGCCCUCACUGAAGCUCCACCGGUGGCUCAGGAAGAAACUUCAUUGCCCGAAACUACGGCCAGUGAGGCUCAGCCAGAGGAGGCGUCUUCUGUUCCGGCAACAAGUAGCACCUCUUAAGGGGUUAUUAUUAGCCUAGGGCGAGGGAUUCAACAUAUGUUGUGUAAAGAUGAAAUGAAAGCCUAUACCAAGAUCCAUGCGUCUUGUUAAUAUUCGGAUAUAACUAUUAUGUAUACUCUUUUUCCCUCUAUGAGUUGGUGUUAUAAUUUGAAAUAAAUAUCAAAUCUUAUUCACUUA